UACCGAACUUACCAUGUUUUUAACUUCUCCGAAUUCCAGCCGCGAAAUAACGUCGCGUUAUCUCGAUUUUUACUCUAGAAGAAUCGAACAAGUUAUUCAAGCGGUCUAAAUUUUAAUUAAGCUUUACGUUAGACAAAGAUGUCAAAAUCUGAUUUUUAGUUUUUUAACAUAUAUAAAAAUACAAUAAGAAAUUUAAUAAUCCAUACUAGUAAUUGUAAUAGCUGUUAUCCGUAGUAAUUGUUUAAACUAUAAGGUAAAAAGUGAAGGUGCGUGAAUUACUGUUACGUUUCGAAUACACAAUAUUUAAUAACAAAAUAAGAAAAUUAAAUUGAUUGUUAGAACUUCUUGUCUUGGUGUUUUUGACAUAACAAUAAUAGAGAAGUGAUAAUAGCGAUAGCGGUGUCUAACGAAGCAAACGAGAUAAUCCGAGGAAAUGGUGUAAUUGUACCGCGAAACUCCACUAUCUCCGAGGAAUUGUAAUAAAAAGUUUAAAUGUGUCAGUGGUAAUGGGUUUUGUCUAGUCCAGACACCAUGGAGUCCACGAAAGCUGCUCUCUACGUUUUGCUCCUUGUCGCGCUUUCGUUGUCAGUGCUCCAAGGUGAAUCUACAGGGGAUUCAAGAAACAUAAAAAAACGAAGCGAAGGUAUACAUGGAAAACCAUUCACUUUAGUCGGCGCCGUGAAAGCGUAUACAGAAGAGAGUGAAAUUGACAGCAGUAUUAGCGGUCUCCCCUAUUUCGAAUUCAACGUUCCUCGGAAUGUCACAACCACAGUGGGACAAACAGCUUUCCUCCAUUGUAGAGUUCAGCAGUUGGGUGACAAAGCGGUAUCGUGGAUUCGUAAACGAGAUCUUCACAUUCUGACUGCCGGCAUCCUGACUUAUACGUCCGAUCAACGGUUUCAAGUGAUCAGGCCGGACAAAUCGGACAACUGGACGCUACAAAUAAAAUUUCCUCAGCUGAGAGACUCUGGAAUCUACGAAUGUCAAGUCAAUACGGAACCGAAAAUGUCUCUAGCAUACAGAUUAAACGUUGUUGAAGCAAGAGCUCGGAUUCUGGGCCCAGGAGAUUUGCAUGUCAAGGCGGGCAGUUCUGUGACUAUCACUUGCACAAUAAACCAAGGACCGCAUGACCUAGGGACCAUCUCUUGGUACCGCGACACUGAAAUUCUCAAAAGCAAUUCCCCAACUUCCAACGAAGCCGACUCGAUCCCACGACUCUCUAUCGAGAACAAUUGGGUGGACGGACUCACUUCCCGACUGCACAUUUCGAAUGUCCGCCUUUCCGACAGCGGAAACUAUUCCUGUGUACCGACCCUUGCCACACCGGCUAGCGUCAACAUCCAUGUAAUCAAUGGAGAACAUCCCGCGGCAAUGCAACACGGCAACAAGAAUACAGCCCCUUUGUCUCUUUCACUUCACUGCGCCCUUGUUUAUAGUUUCACGAUCUUCAUAAUAAAACACAUCAGAUGAAAUCUCUUGUAAA